AUGGCUUCACAAAGACCAGAACGUCUGCUUGUAGACACGCAGAUCGCCUUUCUCCAAAACAUCCUCAAAACCCAAGAUGUCAAGAUCGACUUUGAAGAGCGUGUCCUAUCCAUGCUCCAGUCAUCCCUCGAGUACAAGGAGACGACAGAUCACGUUCUUUUUGAGGAGGUAGAAGAAGCCGAAGAAUCCAACGUAGAGCAGAUGAUGAAUGAGGGCGAGGAUGAGGAAAGCGAGCCCGCGAUGGAGGUUUCUGAACGUGUGGAAACUAUGGUAGCAGAGACUCGCGCUUACCAGGAAUGUCAACAACAAGUUCAAGGUGAUGUUAGUGAUGCGGUCUUGGAGACUGGAACGGAGGGAGACGAAGGUCACGAGGGCGAUGAAGAUAUGGGGAACAUUGAAGAAGAUAGCGACGUAGGAGGCGCUGGUGACGAUGACGGAGAGGCUGACGAUGAACUAGACGGAAAUGGCAUGAAUGAGAUCGAGACAUCGGGAGACGAGUCAACCGAAUCCGAUUCAAACACCUCCUCCCCCCAAAACCACGCUACUGCCAUCCCAACAAACGUUGGUUUGAGUAGUCAAGGUGUCCACAAUUAUCAGCACAAUGACUCCGACUCCGACUUCGACCUUGCAGCCUUUCGUGCCGCACAUGUAAAGCCCAAGUACGGAGAAAAGGCCCCUGCUGGAGAUCCAAGGGAACGUCUGUUUUGCGACCACCCAGGUCAUCCACGCCUCUGCAAGCACCAAGGUCUGAUGAGCGAGACGGAGGGAAGUGAGAGUGACAGCAAUGACAGCACGAUCGACGACGCAAGUAUGGGACAUUCCAGCGACAACGAGCCAUUCGACGGCAGCGGCGGAGACAAUGAUGAAGAUCAAACCGCGGUCGAAGAGCAAAAGGAGCGCCUCCGAACCAAGAUUGCAGAGAAGGAAGCCAGACUUGCUAAUUUGAAGGCCUGCAGAGAUGAGCUCAAUGAAGUACUUCUGCCGGAGAUUGCGAGGUUGACGGAAGCCAUGGCAACGGGGGGAAAACUCAAGGAGUUGCAAAGCAAAGGAUAUUUGACCAUGGUCGAGGACUAUGCUUCGGACCAGAAGCAGAUUCAAGAUUUCGUGGCUAAAUAUGAUACCGCUGAGGAGGUUAGGGAGGAAGUUGAGGAGAAGGUAGAAAGCGAGGAUACGACGGCGAUAGAGGCAACCGAAAGUCAGCUUGCGACUCUAGAAGUUCAAGGUGCUGCGGGUACAUUAACGAUGGCGACUAUUGGUGACAAGAAGCGAGAUCGAGGCGAUGAUGAGGGAGAUAUGGGCAUGUCCAAGAAGAGCCGAAAGGACCAUUGAAGUUCACUACGUGUUUGGAACAUUGGAC